CGCCCGGCGCCGGCUGCGGGACACCCGGUCGCGAGCGUAUGUGCGCUCCCGCUGCUCCCGUGAGGCGGGGGGCUGCGCGCGAGCGGUUGCGGGCUCGCCGCUCGGCCUCCUGCGGACAGGCUCGCGCGCCCUGGCGGCCGCCGCCAUCAUCAUGUCCGCCGCCAUCAUCAUGUCCGCCGCCAUCGAGCAGGAGUUCCAGGAGAUCGACGCCACGAACGACUGGCAGGCGCGUUAUCUGGAAAUCCGACAUAAAUCCAGUGAUUACCCUCACAGAGUUGCAAAAUAUCCGGAAAACAGAAAUCGAAACAGAUACAGAGACGUUAGUCCAUAUGAUCACAGUCGUGUAAAACUCGAGAACACUGAGAAUGACUAUAUCAAUGCCAGCCUAGUGGUCAUAGAAGAAGCCCAGAGGUAUUAUAUUUUAACACAGGGUCCACUACCUAAUACAUGUUGUCAUUUUUGGCUAAUGGUAUGGCAACAAAAAACCAAAGCAGUUGUCAUGUUGAACAGGAUUGUUGAAAAAGAAUCGGUGAAGUGUGCACAAUACUGGCCAACAAAAGAAGAAGAAGUUAUGACAUUCAGUGAAACAGGUUUCCGUGUGAGACUAGUGUCUGAAGACAUCAAAUCCUAUUACACAGUACAUCUACUGCAAUUAGAAAAUAUCAACAGUGGUGAGUCCAGGAUGAUCUCUCAUUUUCAUUAUACUACAUGGCCAGACUUUGGAGUUCCUGAAUCCCCAGCUUCAUUCCUGAACUUCCUGUUUAAAGUCAGAGAAUCUGGUUCACUGAGUCCCGAACACGGACCUGCAGUAGUUCAUUGCAGCGCGGGAAUAGGACGUUCCGGCACGUUUUCAUUAGUAGAUACUUGUCUUGUUCUGAUGGAGAAAAAAGACACAUUUUCUGUAGAUAUUAAGAAGGUAUUACUGGAUAUGAGGAAAUAUCGAAUGGGACUUAUUCAGACUCCUGAUCAACUAAGAUUUUCAUAUAUGGCUGUAAUAGAAGGAGCAAAAUUUAUAAUGGGGGAUUCAACUAUACAGAAACGGUGGAAGGAGCUCUCUAAGGAGGACCAAGCGCCAAGUUCCGAGCAGUCUCCUCCACACCCAACCAAACUAACCACAGAGAAGUACAAUGGGAACAGCAUAGGCCUGGAGAACAAUGAUCAGAUGGAGAAAAUUAACACUGACCUGCCCACUAAGGUUCAAGAUAUCACAGAUGGGAACAUUGAAAAUUCUAUUCGAAAACGACUGCGGGAGGAUAGAAGAGCAAACACAGCACAGAAGCUGCAGCAGAUGAAGCAGAAGCUAAAUGAGACUGAAAGAAAAAGAAAAAGGUGGUUAUACUGGAAACGUAUUCUCAUUGGGUUUGGUGCACUGAUUCUAGUUGGUGCUUUUUUUUCCUGGAAAAUGUAUUUUCAAAAACAUUCCUUGUAAGUGAACAGUAAGUGUGACUGCUCCAACAGCUGACUUUGCUGGAAGGUAAUGAGUAGGGGUGUGACUUUAAGCAUAAAUUCCUUAUUCCUGGAAUGGGUACAGACUGUUACAUACAAUAGAGAAGUGAUGUAAACUUGAUCUCAUGUCGACAUCUCAGGACUUUCCACUGCAGGUACUUAGAAAAAUGAACCGCUGCCCCCCACAGAAUUGAUGGUUUUUGUUUAAUAUGAGCAGGUACAAACUUGCUGCAACUGUUUAUACACUUUUUAAAAUGGUGUUCUACCAGAUCUUGAACAAAUGCUGAACCAUAGAGGUUUAGCUACUGAAGGCUGUCUGGAUUUAAAUUUACAUGCCUGACAUAAGCAAUAAACAGUGUUGUAUCAUUUACAUUAUUAAUGCAAAGAAGUUAUCCUUAAAUAUGUGUAAUGUGUAAUGUACUAGUGACAUGAACAUAAACAUUUUAUAUUCUUACGACCUAGGAUAAAUAUAUUUUAUAAUUGCAUAUUUAAUCUUUUUGUAGUUCACUGUACUUUUAAAAGCUCAGUUUGUACAAAUUUCUGACCAAAAUAAUUUCAUUUUGAAACUAAAUGUAAUUAUAAUUUGUGCAUGAAAAGAAUAGUGCAGCUAUUCCCCACAUUUGAGUCUCCUGUUUGAAAUGAGCAGCUAGGGGUCUGAUGAAGCACUUGCCAGUUUCUACUCUGUUAAUUUGCAUUCCUUAUUUAUUUUUUGUAGUUUUCAUUAUUUAAGACUUGCAAUUUUUUUUAAGGCUUUUGAGAACUUAGCCCCCACUGAAAGUCAUACUGUUGAUUAAUGUAUUCAGACUUCAGCUACUGUUUGCAGGCCAACAUUGUUCAAGUUCUGACAUUCCGUUAAAUGUAAAACAUAAUGUUUUGUGUGUCUACAGAUUUUAAUUGCUAGAAUGAAUAAAAUUAAUUAAUCAGUAAUAGUUGUAGAAAACACAUCAAAGGAAACGGUAGUUGAACUUCCAAGGGUGGCUCUAAUAGAAAAGAAAUGUUGGUAGUGUUCUGCCAUACGCAGUGUUUUCAGCUCUAUGAGCCACUUUGUUAGCUUCACAAAGUCUAGAACUGCUUUUCAGAUUCCCCAGCACUGUAUUAGACAUGCUAGUAAAACGCUUAAAGACUAAUACUUUGGGAGUAUCUGUGCUACAGGCCAUUUAAAAUUUUUGAGCACUCCCUUUCCAUUACUUGAGUAGUAACACUUUCUAAAUAGCAAUUCAACACAAACCACUUUCUGCUCUUUAAAUUACCUUUGAAUACAGAAAUGGUAUAUGGCUGAAUGUAGCUUGUUGUUCAAGCUAGGAUAUAGUAAUUUGUAGGAUUGGAUUGUACUUUGAAACGGGAAUUUUAUUUAUUCAAGCAUUGCCUUGUUGGGUAACUUCAGAGAAGUUAUGUUUUCUCCUUCUGUUUUCUAAGCUUGGUGUUUUCUCUUGGGUGUGGGGUCUUGGGGGUUUUCUUCCAUUCCCCUCCCCCAUUUUGUAAAGCACUUCUUGGAUUUACUGCUGAAAAAUACUCAAAUAGCUGGAUGAUUAUUUGCUCCUUAUUCAAAGGAAUUGACUUCAAAGUUUUCCAGUAUGUCCAAGCUUGGUAGUCACAUACGAGGCAUGGGGCCCAGUUACUCUGACAUUUGCUACACAAAGCUAAGUACAGUUUACUCUUUAAAAUUCUCAUUUUGCAAUAGCUAAAUACUAUUCUGGACUACGCUGUUUGUAUAGUAAACAAAUGCUGAAGGGUCCAGAUGAGGAAAACAAGUGUCGUUUCAUGGAGUACUGGAUUUGGGAAGUUGUGCGUCACUAGAACAAGACAAUUUGUUCCAUGGCAUUGCUGACCAACUGUGCAGCUUGAAUAGCAAAAUGACUGCUGGGACAUAGCACAGGCAGGCAGCUCAUGUAUUUGAAGACAUUUCAGAAUUUUUACAACCACAGUAACUUUUAGCCAGCAAGAAGACUGUAAAAAGAUCAUUUUUUUCCUUUAAGUUGAGGAUAGGUUUUUCAGUAUCAGCUGUAACUGAUAGUAGGUGUAAAUGUAUGUGCCUUACAAAGAUAUUUUGGUUAUGGAAAAAUACAUGGAAUGUAAUUUAAAUGCUUUUGUAACAGAAAUAUUCCAGAUUUUAUUCUAGAUACUUAAAAGCAGCUAAGGAAAAAGUGCAGGCAAAACUUGGACUGAUACCACACUGUUAUUUAUUGCCCUUCUUUUGGCAUGAGGAGGAUUUCCUGGGCUACCAGUAUCCUACAGGCACUGAGCUCUAACUGCAGCUUGUCAAGUUGUCACUUGAUUUUUUUUUUUCCUGAUUCCAUCUUCUAAAUUCUGGCUUUUCAGUUUUCUUGAUCCUGAGUAAGCAUUCCUCAGUUCAGGGUGGGGCAGGGCAGGGGGCAGCCAAUUCAGAUCACCUCAUACUCUGUUACCUUCUUGAUGCAAUAAAGCAGGACUUGCACAUUCAGCAGUUGUUCUGUAAAAGUUUGGUUCUGUGAUUGCAAGUACCUUGGGAGUCUUAAAUGUUAAUAAUUUAAGGAGGAUGAACCAGUACAAGCCUUGGACAAAACUAUUUUGAACAGUGAAUUGUUCAUGAUAGUCUGAGAAUAGUAAGGAAAAUCAAAUUAUUGGUCUCCUUUUACAUUCCAGGAAAUUAUUUGGAUAAAAAUCUUCUUUCUGGUCCAUCACUAAUCCUUAAAACCCAAAAUCUGGAGGAUUGUUUUCCUUGCUGCACACUAAGCCCUUGUGAUACUUUGUUAUUCUGGAGGAUUUAAAUUUGCCACAUUUUUACACAGCUUGGAUGUUAAAUAGGAACAAAUAUGGGCCAAAAUGAAGAACUGUCAAUCCCAGUCAUCUCUAUCAUAGGAAAUGCUUAAGGGGUGAAAUGGAAGGACAUGCCUUCUGACCCCUCUCCUCUCCCCCUCCUUGAGUUCUGGCAAACUGCUGCCUGGUCCCGUGCUACUUCUAAAAUGUCGUUUGGCUUGAUUCAAAAUUGGUUUUGGUUUGGUUGGUGUUGGUUUUCCCCCUCUUUUCUGGAAAUGCGUCACUCAAAAUAUUUGAUGCAUAGUGGGCAUCUCUGAUUAAACCUUUGGCUCUCAGAUGAACACUUGUGCACAAAUCAUACACGUUUUCAUAAAGAAAAUACCUAGCAAACAUUUGGACCUCCGCUGCAAGGGAUUUGCAAGAUUGGAAUUAAUCCUCUAGGUUUCCUAUUUAUGUUCUUGGUGCAGGGACAGUCCACUUAGUGACGGUACAUCUGUAUUUUCUUUGAAAUGUAUUAAGUAAAAUAAUUUAAUUCAGUGUGAAAUAGCAAUUUGGAAAAAACCUCUGGAUUUGUUAUGGAAGUGAGAUGUUGCCAGUGAAAUGUGGCUUAUUCUGUUAAACCUCGAGUAAUAUGGUUUACUGACAUCAGUUUAUGUCCCCCUGAAAAGGGAAGAGGCGUAAAUGUGUAUGCAUGUAUGUGUGACUGGAUCAUGCAGGCGAUGAAAAAGCCUGGUUAGCUUUAUGUUUAAUGAAUGUAAACCAAAUUAUUUAGUUUGCUGUUUGGCAUUAUAGUAAAACCUGAGACACUUGAGGACUGCACGAGAAACUAAAUUAACAAUGACAAAAGAGGAAGUCUUCUGCAGGGCCGGGAGGCUUAAGCUAGAGGACGGUAUUUGCAAAGGUGAUGUGACACACAGUAGUCUUCCUGGGCCUUUUUGUUUGCCCCCAAGUUUUAAAGUCAGUCUUUCAUUUUUAUGUACAAAAAAUAAAUGUGUUCAAAAUUG